AUGUUGAGAAUAGGCUCCAGAACAGUGGUGCACAAUAGUCGCAUCUGGAACGCUAGAUUUAACGGUUGGAGCGCUUCAAAAGCCAGAUUUUAUGCUAAAAAUGCUGCUCUGGGCAUCGAUUCAACUGUGGAAAACAACAUGCAAACAGAAACCAACCGAAUCUCAAAAACUUUGAAGAAAUUCUGGAGCGAGGUAGCCACUGAAGAAACGGGAAAAGUCAUAACGCUCACGCUGGACAAAAAACCAGUCAGAACGCCGUUGGGUAACAAUUUGGCGGUUUCCAGAGACCGCAGGCUUCUAGCACUCGCUUUGCAGCACGAAUGGGCCAAUCUGGCCACGAAAUCAAUCAAGCCUCAUUCAUUGCCUAUCACUUCGCUGGUCUCCCGAUGCAUAGAUUUGGAGUAUGCUUCAAGACCAGACGCCAAUCCGGAACUUGUGGCCAAAAUUGGAGCCGACAGAGAAGAUAUUUCCCACACUUUGCUGCGGUAUCUCGACACCGACACAUUGUUGUGUCUAUCACCCAGGUCCGAGUUUGAGGGCACGCUAAGAGCGGCCCAGGACAAGUUGUAUCUCCCGCUCAUCAGUGCUGCAGAAAAGUUUCUAUCAGAUACCGCAAACCAGCAUGUGUCGCUACAAAUACUCGAUGCAGAUCUGCAUGGGCUCAGAGGAAACGCUCAACCAGAGAAAACAAAAGCGGCAGCUCUGAAAUAUCUAAGAUCUUUAUCGAUGUGGGAUUUGGCUGUGUUCGAAAAAACUGUUCUUUCAACCAAAUCUUUCCUUUGUGGCCUCCUGCUGCUUCAAAACAAAUCCGUGUCACCAAGCUCCGAUCUUCUCUUGACAAUGGAGAAACUGGCUCAUUGCGCGACCCUCGAAACCGUAUAUCAGGUUGAAAGGUGGGGAGAGGUCGAGGACACACACGACGUGGAUUACCGAGACAUUAGAAGAAACGUCAACGCUGCUGCGAUCGUCGCAUACAAGGAAUAA